CUGUCACCUGUCAUUUUUGCUGGUGCUGCCGGCUGUGUAGAUAUCUGAAAGGAGUGUUUAUUUUUAAUUUAUAGUUAAACGUAAUUUUCGCUUGUUCCUAAUGAAAUGGCAUCCGCUUUAGAACAAUUUGUUAAUACUGUAAGAACCCUAUCAUCUCAUGGUAAUUUCAGGGAGCUGUGCGAAUAUCUAAGCAAAUCCAGCGAAGUUCUAGUAAAAAAUACUCAACAUUUGGAUAAUGUAUUAGAAACGUUGGACAUACAACAGCAUUCUCUAGGAAUUCUUACAGUGCUGUGUGCCAAGUUUUCAGCACCUGCUACUACAGGAAACAAUGCACAAGACAAUAGGUUCACUCAAACACAAGAAUUUAUUCUCAACUGUAAUGGAGAACACAUUAGACUUGCACCUGAUACAUUUGCUGAGCUAUGUCACCUGUUAACAAACUAUCUAGUAGAACAAAAACAGCCCUUAAAAGGUAUUUGUAUAUUAGAGAAAGCCAUCUCCAAACUACGCUUAUUUGAUUCUCAACUAACAUCAAUACACGCUGACCUUUGUCAGCUGUGUGUUGUAGCAAAAUGUUUCAAGCCAGCUCUAAAGCUGAUAGACAUUGACAUUACAGGCAUAUGUCAAGAGCAAUCUUAUAAUACGAAUGGUCCACAAUUUGAUGCAAAAUAUUUUUUAUUGUACUAUUACUAUGGAGGAUUGGUUUAUCUAGCUGUGCGGAAUCUUGAAAGAGCACUGUACUUUUUUGAAGUUGCUAUAACGACUCCGGCUCAUGCUGUCUCACACAUCAUGUUAGAGGCAUACAAGAAAUAUAUUUUAGUAUCACUGUUAUUACAUGGAAAGAUCUUGCUCUUACCAAAGUAUGCCUCUCAAGUUGUUAACAGAUUUAUUAAACCAUUAUCUCAACCGUACCAUGACCUAGCAACUGCAUUCACAUCAAAUAGCUCUGCUGAGUUAAAUGCAGUACUUACCAGACAUACAGAGGUAUUUACUAGAGAUCAUAAUUUGGGCUUAGUUAAACAAGUGUCCUCAGUGUUGUACAAGAAGAACAUUCAAAGGUUAACAAAGACAUUUUUAACAUUAAGUUUAUCAGAUGUAGCUAGCAGAGUGGGGCUAUCCAGCCCUUCUGAAGCAGAGAGCCACAUUUUGCAAAUGAUCGAGACCCGGCAAAUAUUCGCGACGAUAAAUCAGAAGGACGGCAUGGUGAUAUUCAGGGACGAGCCAGAAAAAUUCAGCGGUCCCGAGGUUCUAAAAGGUUUAGAAGAGCAACUGCAACUAUGCAUGGACCUGGACAAACAGAUCCUCUCCAUGGACGAGGAGAUCCAGGUGAACCCACAAUACGUGAAGAAGUCCACUGGUUUUCAAGAGGAGGAGCAGCCUAACAAGAGCACUUACGCUAUGUGAAUGGACAACAGGGUGUGUCGAAGAUUUGUAGUAGGGUUGUAGCACUUCACGCACUGUCACGUGAUCAGUUACGUCGUCAGCCAUGCGUCAAAAUGAAGGAUAGCAGGGGAUGUGACAACAUAAAUGACUCAACUCCAUCCAAAGCCAAAAUAGAGUACAUGUUUGUUUCGGCUUAUUUCUUGAUUUGGGGUGGGUUUAGGCUCAAAUGGUGACAUCUCAAACAGUGUGAAAAUGCAUGAAGUCAUACAACUUUUACUAUACAGUUUUUGGUGUGCCCUAGCUCAGAUGUUUUUUAGUGCGGCUGUUGUCACAAAUUUCAACGUGUAAACGGAUCUUUGCGUCUGGGUGAUUUUUUUUCUGUAGAAAUUAGGGACAUGCAUUUGAGGCUGAUUGGAAUAGCACGUCAAAUGUAACAUUCUUUUCGGUUUGUUUAUAUACGUCUUUUCAAAAUACCGACUUCAAGUCAUGUAUUUAUUUUGUUAUAUAAUAAAUGUCUGUUUUCUAAACAAAAAUCAUCCAGAAUAAGUGAAGCAAAACGUUCCUCCACUGACAGAAAAUUGCAGUCAGAAUUCAGAACGUUAUUUCAGCUACAACUUAUGUUUGCAAAAUUUCUUUUUCCAAUUUACCUGUGAGUUAUUUAUUAACAAUUAUUUGUAGACAUAUGUGUCACCAGAUCAUUUUUUUCAUUGUAUUGAAAUUAUUUAUAAGAAAUACAAAGAUUAUGCAAGUUUUUAAA